CCUCGCUGCAGAGAGCUUCUAUCUUUACCUAGCUAGCUAGCUUCUGGUAGGUAUGACGGGGGUGUGGGUGUUCGAGGACGGGAUGGUGAGGCGGGCGGACAGCGAGGCGCCGUCGAGGGGGCGGGGCGGCGGCGGGGCCGGGGGCGGCGGCGCGGGGAAGGUGCUGGUGCACGUGCCGAGCGGCGAGGUGGUGACGAGCUACGAGGUGCUGGAGAGGCGGCUCCGGGAGCUCGGGUGGGAGAGGUACCUCAACGACCCCUGCCUGCUCCAGUUCCACCAGCGCUCCACCGUCCACCUCAUCUCCGUCCCCCGCGACUUCUCCCGCCUCAAGCUCGUCCACAUGUACGACGUCGUCGUCAAGACCCGCAACGUCUUCGAGGUCCGCGACGCCGCCGCCGCACCCCCUCCAUGAUCUUUGAUCAUCGUCGUCUUCCUCGACUCCGGCCACGAUCGUAUGUGUGUAUUGUAUGAUCUGUAUUGUAUAAUCCUACUAUAUAUAUGUAUACGCAAAAAAAAUACCAGCAAAUUAAAUUGAUACGUACGUCUGCUAGCUAUGGCGUACGUACGUUUGCUGGUUUGCUAGUGUGUUUCAGUACCAAGUAUGAAAGCCGUGAGUAGAUAUUGUACUUUAUGCCUCUGCUUGAUUGGUUCUUGCAUGGUGGCAACGAAUCAAUCAUCCAUGCGUUUUGUGGCAGUGACAAGAGUAAUCAAUUACUUAAUUUUGUCACGGUAUGUUAAU